AUGCAAGCCGCUGCAAGGCAUCAUGAUCUGCCACUUAUUCCACCCCCAACCCAAGAUGAGAGAGAUCCGCUACGAUGGCCUCGAGGAUUGAAGCUGGCUGCACUCGGUGCCACCGCCUUCAUCAACUUCACGGCCAAUUUUGCUGGCUCUGGCCUCUCUGUUGCGACUCCCGUUCUCCAAGCGCAAUUCCGCAAGACGUCGAACGAGGUCAACAAUCUCUUAACUUUCAACUUCCUGCUUCUCGGAAUUGGUAAUCUUAUCUGGGUUCCGCUUGGCGUCAAGUAUGGCAAGCGAGCGUCGCUCCUCGCCUCGACCCUAAUGCUCUUCGCUGUGCUCAUUUGGACUGCAAAAGAAACUACGUUCGACGGUCUUUUAGCUGCAAGAUGCCUGUCAGGUUUUGCUUCUGCGGCAGGAGAGAGUAUGGUUCCAAGCGUCGUUUCUGACAUAUUCUUUCUCCACGAACGCGCCGCCAUGAUGUCAGGAUACACAAUUCUCAUCUCAAGUGCCAGUGCAAUUGGCCCCCUUCUAGCAUCUUUCAUCGUUCAAUACAGCCGCGGCGGCUGGGUCGACUAUGUAUGGGUGUGUGCCGCGCUCGCUGGCGCCAACACCGCGGCGAUCUAUCUUCUCUAUCCUGAGUCCAAUUUCAACCGGCCAGAAGAGUCACCGCACCCUAUCUCCACGCCGGGCAUGCAUCUUGCAAAGGUGGAGACCGAGAAAGGAGAGACCGUGCGAACAGAAGCCAUGUCUCGGCACUGCGUCAGCGUCGUGGAGAAGCCUUGGAUGAGCAUCUGGAAGACCGUCAUCUCUGUUGACCGCGACGUCAACAUGCUGGAAGUAUUCGUCCGUCCUAUCAUCAUGUUGUUUCGGCCGAGCGUUUUGCUCGCUGUAUUCAUCUAUGGUACAAGCCUUGCAUCUCAGAUUAUCAUGAUAUUUGCCUUCCCGAGUUUGCUCAUGGCACCGCCUUAUCUCUUCUCUAGUAGCGGCGUGGGUCUGAUGCAGAUUCCGGCCAUAAUCGGCUUCAUCGUUGGCUGCUUUGCUGGUGGAUAUGCGACCGAUGUCAUCACGGCGGCAGUCAUCCGCAGACAGCAUGGCGCCGUGUACGCAGAGCAGCGAUUAGUCUCGCUCAUUCCAGGUUGCGCGAUUGCGCCUGCUGGAUGUAUUCUUAUCGCCUUCGCGUGCUCAGAAAAGCUGCACUGGGUUGCUAUUGCAUUCGGAUUCGGCAUGGUGUCAUUCGGAACAGUUUACGCUCCUAACAUCGCCAUUACCUACGUUGUCGAGUGCUAUCCGAGGGUCGCGGCCGAGUGCUUAGUCACGAUCAAUGUGUUCAAAAACCUUGUCGCGUUCCUAUUCCUGUACACUGCCAUAGAUUGGGUUUCCGCGAGGGGUUGGAUGCAGGUAUAUAUGAUCAUGUUUAUGCUUGUUUCCCUGGGAAUGCUCCUGGCCAUUCCAUUCUACUGCUUUGGACGGAAGUGGAGAGGAGAAGUUAUAAUGGAUCGUAUAGAUAUUUAG